CCGUCACGUCACGCGAGAGCGCAGCGCGCGGACCCCCUCUCUCUCUCUCGCACACGGACACACACACACGCACAUACACAAAGAGCUAAGUGGGAGGGGAAGACACGGGAGCCAGCCACGACCGCUCUUAUAAAACACCCACCCAAGACCAAGGGGGGCCCUCACCCUCUUUUCCCCACAGUGCCUAAGAAGGACCCAGAGUACGGAAUAUGAAUUCAGAUGAAUUAUUUGAUGAUGAAGAAAAUGCUGAAGUUAUUAUCAAAAAUAUUAUGAAAGUAGAAACAGACAAAGAAGAUGAAGUCCUAGACUGCUCCGUAAUAUCAAGACCUGAAAAAAACACGCUGGAUGGUUUAGUGACUUCUCUGCAAGACACCAAUAAACGAAAACGGACCUUGUUUGGUUGUGAUAGUUCAGGAAGCCACCAAGAAAUUCUACCAAGUCUGAAAAAAAGAGGCCUUACACAAGAGGGCCUUCUUUCGAACUUGAUGCACAGAGAUGGAUCACCUACUCAGGAAGAUGUGGAACAGCUAAACAAGAGCAAGAAUCCUAGCAUAACGUGGCUCAGUGAAGAAGAAGCCGUUAAUAACACAAUCAUGCCAUCAUAUAAGAAACCUCUGUAUGGAAUCUCACACAAAAUUACAGAGAAGAAAAAUCUGCCAGGAACGGAGCAGUUCACUUCCUAUGAGUUGUUUGAAAAGGUUAAUCCUAGCAGUCCUUCCACUCUUCGGACAUUGAAUGAGCAACGUAAAAGAGAUACGAGUACUAUCACACCUGUUGCUUCAGAGUCCGACCCAAAUAUAUAUUCUUUGAUACAAAAAAUGUUUUACACACUUAAUACCUUGAAUUCCAACAUGACUCAGCUUCACAGCAAAGUAGACUUGUUAUCACUAGAAGUCAGUCGAAUUAAAAAGCAUGUCAGCCCCACAGAUGCUGUAGCAGAAUUCAGGCCACCACCUGAGUACCAGCUGACUGCCUCAGAACUCAAACAGAUCAUGGAUCAGAGUACAUCAGGUGGAGAUUUGGCUUGCCGACUACUGGUACAGCUUUUUCCAGAGCUCUUCAGUGAGGAUGAGUUAAGCAGGACCUGUAGUACCUGUGGCUAUCUUAACAAAAAGAAACUUGAGUCACUUCAUCUACAGCUCAUCCGAAAUUAUGUAGAAGUCUGUUAUCCUUCUGUGAAGAAUCCUGCAGUUUGGCAGGCAGAGUGUUUGCCUCAGGUCAAUGACUUUUUCAGUAGCUUUUGGGCACAGAGAGACAUGGAAAAUAGUCAGCCAGACAUACAGUCCUCCAGUUUUUAUGAGACUGAUCAAGUUAUUGAUGAUAAGGAGGAGGAUGAAGCUCUGCCCAUGGACAGGAGUAGUUCCAUUGCCUCUGAAUGGGUAUUUGAUGCUCAGGAUAUAAAUGAAUUUUUAGAUGAAGCUUCCUCUCCUGGAGAGUUUUGUGUCUUUUUAUUACAUAGAUUGUUUCCAGAACUCUUUGAUCACAGAAAGUUGGCCGAGAGAUACAGUUGUUAUGGAGAAUGUGGGAAACAAGAGCUUGACCCACAGCGACUUCAGGUAAUUCGCAGGUACACAGAGAUUUAUUUUCCUGCUAUGCAGGAGAGAAAGGCCUGGUUGCAGCAUUGUGUUCAGCGAAUAAAUGAUGAACUUGAAAGCAUGUAUAUGGAUGACAGUGAGAGUGAACAGAUGAGAGAGGAUUGCUAUGAUUCUUCUAGUUUGCCUGAUGAUGUGUCUAUUAUAAAAGUGGAAGAUAAUUUUGAAUAUGAAAGGCCAGGCAGAAGGUCAAAAAAGAUUUGGCUUGUGCCUAUAGACUUUGAUAAGCUUGAUAUCCCUUCUCCUGAUUUUGAUGUCCCUAUUCCAGACUACCUGUUAAGCAAGGAACAGCUUAAGAACAUAUAUGAGAGCAGUUUGUCAAUUGGCAAUUUUGCUUCUCGGUUGCUAGUUCAUUUAUUCCCUGAACUGUUUACCCAUGAAAACUUAAGGAAGCAAUAUAAUUGUAGUGGAUCACUGGGUAAGAAGCAACUUGAUCCUGUUAGGAUUAAAUUAAUUCGACAUUAUGUGCAAAUGCUAUAUCCGAGAGCUAAGAAUGAUCGAGUAUGGACAUUGGAAUUUGUUGGAAAACUCGAUGAGCGAUGUCGUCGAAGAGAUACAGAGCAAAGACGCACAUACCAACUGCAGCGAAAGGUCCAUGUGCCAGGACCUGAAAGGAGAGAAUUUUUGACCUAUGCAAUAAACCCGGAAAGAUUUAAAGAAGAAUUCGAAGGACCGCCAUUGCCUCCGGAAAGAAGCAACAAAGAUUUUUGCAAGAUACCACUUGAGGAACUUGUUGUUCCUCCUCCAGACUUUCCUGUGCCUUCUCUGUAUCUGCUGUCUGACAAGGAAGUAAGAGAAAUAGUACAGCAGAGCCUUUCAGUUGGUAACUUUGCUGCCAGACUUCUUGUAAGACUUUUUCCAGAGCUGUUUACUUCAGAUAACCUCAGACUGCAAUACAACCAUUCAGGGGCUUGUAACAAAAAGCAGCUCGAUCCUGUCAGACUGAGACUAAUCCGUCAUUAUGUUGAAGCUGUUUAUCCUGUUGAGAAAAUGGAUGAAGUGUGGCAUUAUGAAUGUAUACCAAGCAUUGAUGAAAGAUGCAGGCGUCCCAAUAGAAAAAAGUGUGAUAUACUGAAAAAAGCCAAGAAAGCAAAGAAGUGAUGGGAUCUUUUUAGUUUCCAAAGAUGUUGACCACUAAGUUAUUUAGAAGCGGACUAAGACAUCAGUCAGACUGCUUUAGACUAAUACUCAGAAUAUUUACUCAGCAUUAGAGCAACUGAUAAGAAAAAUGUUGCUCUAACACAUACGGGAAUGGGCAAUACAGUGGGGAUGGGGAAAAGGGGUGUAGGACAAUCCAGUGGGAAUGUCACUUAGAAGAACCUAUUGAAAUGAAUGCAUAUUGUGGGAAAAGAUGUAACUCCAUUUCAGGAUGCCUGUAUGUAGACUGAUAGUGCCCUUACUACCUACCUGAACACAGCAAAGAAUCAUACAUUAUUACAGAUAUUCCAGCAGAAUCUCAUUUAAAUAUAAUCAUCAGUGAAAAUAAAUUAUAUAGUUUUUAAAAUUUUAAUUGAUUUUUAAUUUUAGCAGUGAGUAGUCUCGUGCUCUUUAAAACAGUUUCUGUAGGUACCUUUAAUCAGUCAUUUGGAAACUAAUUUUUUAAUUUUUCAAAGCUGUAGUUUUUGAAGUGCCAUACUCUUUGAAAAAGAGUAGAGAAUCAAGACAGUUUCUGUACUAAUUACAGCUACUCCUUGUAUUAGUUUGAAUAUUGGGAGAGUGAAGUACUACAAAAUCAAUGAACAGAAAAAUUACAAUUUUCUUUAAAGGUUUCCCAUUUUGUUGCUGAAUGGUUGUAAAAGUUAAGAUUAUGAUCAUGGCAUUAUUUAACAUGUGUUAAGAUCAUAGUACCAAUACUUCAGUUGUUAGUCAUCUAAGUUAUUCCAUUGUCUUCAGUGUGACUUCUUGGUAUAAAAGCUACUGGUAUAAGCAUAGGUUGUGAAAUAGAAUCUUGCCCUGUAUCAGUAGAAUAUGGUGCUAUUACCUGUUAUUCUCACUACUUAUAUUUAAAAAAUACUUGAAUUGAGGAAUGUACAAAAACAUUUAAGCCCAUAUUAUUUUUGUUAGCAAAAUGAUUGCAGCCUUUGAAAAGUUCAAAAUAUUAAAUAUUAUAUGUAUCUAUAUAUUUGAUUGUUUGGACUUCUAUAUAGCUAGGGCCCUCUUCAUUGUAUGUUGAUUUUAUAUUUAUAACUUCAAGUACAGUGUCACCCAGAGGAUUUCAAUAUCAUGGAGACUGUGAACUUUUCCUUAAUCAUUGUAACUAAUAAUUAACUUGAAACUCCUUUCUUUGUUUUUGAAUUUACUGGAGUUUAGGUAAACACUAGUGGAUUGUAUGCUUCUAUUCAGUAUGCCCAAACACCAGUGAAAACACUUUCUCCCUUUUCCUGGAGGGCUACAUCACACCAAGGCUUUUGUUUUCCUCUUUCUUUGGCAGUCGUAACAGGGAUAAAUAAAAUCAUCAGGGUUUUCUUAUCUAGAGGCACUGGGUAGGUUGGAUCCAGAUGAAGUUAACCACUUUAGUCCCAUUUGCUUAAAUAAAUGGGACUUUUGGUCCAUGGGGUUAUUAAGAGUCGGACACGACUAAACGACCAAACAACAACACCACCACCACCACCACCACCAUGGGUGACUUCCUCUGGAUCAAACCCACUGGAUUUCUAAAAUGCUCAUGGAGCUUUCCAGCAUUUAGUUCAACUAAUCCCUGUCUGUGGAUCUGCUGUCUCCUUGAAUAGGGCAGACUGCAUACAUAAUAACUCCAUGUGCACAUUGGUUAUGCAAUGAGCUCUGGACUCAGAUGUUUGUCUGAUGCAGUGACAAUGAUCAUUUAAUACCAGUUAUUUCUGGUUUAGCACAUUCAUUUGAUACCUUUGUGCGAUUAUUUAGAUUGUUAUAUAUCCAAAUAAAAAUGUAUACUGUAGCAACUGAAUUAAAUUUGAUACACUAAAGCAGCUUUUAAGAAUAUAUUUCUCCCACAAUUACGAACCCUUUUCUUUAUUUCUUUUGAAUGCCAAGAACUGGCUAGGCCCUGUUGAAACAGUUUACUAGUUGACAAUAGUCACUUUUUUCUUAGGAGUUAGCAACAUCCAAAAAUAACACAACUAUAAUCCAUGAAUAUACUACCUGCAUCCUAAUUAGAGUCAAGCCAACCUUUUACCCAAGGCAAACUGAUACGUCUAUAUUUCUCUGUAUAAUAAUAUCUAUUUAGCAAGCUGAAGGGUUUGGGUAUUAUGGUAGUUGUGCUACCCAAUAAUGCCAACUUCUUUGGACAACAUAAAGCAGCCUUCCAUAAUCUGGUGCUCUUCCAGUGUUUUGGACUACAACUUCUGCAAGUCCCAGCCAGCAUGAUCAAGGGUUAUAGAAGUUGUUAUCCAAAACAUGGAGGGUACUAGGUUAGGGAAGGCUUACAAAAAGAACCAUGAAAAUAGUGUGUUGUUAGAAAAAAUUACUUAUUUGUUAACUCAAAAAUAUACACACUAAAAACAAAAAAAACUGUGUAUCUCUGAACUAUUAGGGAUGUCACUACUAUAAAUCCUACAGGGUUACUGGGAUGGGGAGACAACCCAAUCCAGCAGCACCAAAGCUGUACAGGUGCUGUUUUUACUCCCUUCUUUUGUCUAAAUUGGUUGGUUCCCCCCCCCCUCCUAUUGGUCCCAGAUUGGUCCCCUCGGCUGUUAUACUACUCUCUAUAUUCUGGCCCUAGUGGAUCCAAUUUAGCCCCCAUCAUACCCAAUUUUGGCAGACCUCCCUCUUUUUCCUGUGGCCUUGGAAUUCCCUCCCAAAAGCUAUAGAUCUGUGCCCCUGUCCAUGUUUAGAAAACAGGUCUACUUCCUCUCUAUAAAACCAAUCAUUUUGAA